AUGAGCAGCCACUGCCAGAGCUGCCUCAGCCAGGAUGACCAGCACACACCGCACAACCAGGGGCCCCAGAGCCGGAGACACUGGCUGGGUGUCCUGGGCUGGCCCCACACAGAUCCCUGGACCUUCCUGCGUGUGCCGCAGCCAAGGCCCCCAACCCGCUCUACCGCAGGCCUCGCCCUCCUGUUAUGCCUGGCAGCUCGAGGAGCACCUCCCCAGCCCAGGGGCUUCUCCCAGGACCAGGAUGCCAGUGAGGUUGGCCUGUGGGCCAGGGCCAACACUUCAGUCCUGCAGGCCUUCUGGUGCCCACCUGCCCGCCCAAUGCCCCGGGACCAGCUCUCGGCCUUCAUCAGGAACCUGAGCUCGCAGCAGGUGGCCCUCAGGGCCUGGCAGCUCAGCUGUUUGGCCAACCUGGCUGCCCAGCAGCAUCUCCAGGGUGACUUCCAGCUCCACCCCCCCGACCUCCUGCUCUUCUACAACCUGGACCAGGUAAGGGACACCGACUGCCGGGCCUUCACUAGCCGUGCUACCCAGGGGCACAUGGAGCUGCUGACCAACCUGCCUGACCAGAGGGCUGCCCUACAGCACACGGCCUGGGCCUGCCUGGGGGGACCCCACCUGCAGCUCAGCGCCUCAGACCUGGAGGUCCUUGGGGUGCUAGUGUGUGACAUGGACGCGUCCAGCAUUGCAGCUGCAGACUCCCAAGUGCUCGAGAACCUGGGCCACUGCCCACAGCUGACCACCGCCCAGAGGGUCGCCCUCAACAGCCUGCUGGCCGCUGGGAACACCUCCCUUGGGCCUCCUGGCUCCUGGGACCUGGAGGGGUUGCAGGCGUUGGGACCCCUGGCCACCUAUAUCAACCCCCACCUGUGGAUGCAGGUGCCAGAGGCGGCCAGCCUGGACUUCUUCCGCAGUGUGGUAGCCAUGUGCCGGGAAGGCCAGCUCAGCCAGCGCGAGGCCAGGCGCUUUGUCACCAGCUUCCUGGAGUCCAAGGCCACGCUGGUUUCCACCAGGCCCAAGCGGGACACAGGGAGGACCUGCGUGGGCGGCAAGGUCACGGCAGCCACACUGCGGGACGACCUCUUCCUGGUGCGCUACAACUGCACGCAGCUAGAGUCCUGCCUGGACAGCGGGGUGCUCAAGGCGCACCUGGACCCCCUGCUGCAGCAGCCCCUGCCCGCCGAGUGCCAGCGAGUCGUCAAGACCAAGCUCACCCAGGUCUACCCUGGGGGCGUGCCCGAGGACCAGCUGCGCAGCAUCACCUCACUGGUCUACCUCUACUCCGCGGCCGAGAUCAGCCAAUGGAACAUCACUUCCGGGGCCACAGUGCUGGCCCUGCUAGCCUCUGACGUGGCCCUGGAAAAUCAGACUGAGGCUGUCCUGCAGAAGUUCCUGGACCACAACGGCACGGUCACUGGUGCCCUGCUGGUGGCCAUUGGGGGCUCUCGCCUGUGCUGGAUGAGCCCGCAGCAGAUCCAGGCCAUCCGGCCCUCAGAGCUCCGGCUGGCCGGGGCCCUGGACGUGUCUCGCUGCCCACAGAGCCACAAGAACCUGCUCUUCGCCAAGGCCCGUGAAGCCUUCGGUAGCAUGAGGACCACCACCGCUGCCUACUACCACUCCAUGCGCCCCUACCUCGGAGGCGCCCCCGUGGAGGAGCUGCAGCACCUGGCUCAGGCCAAUGUGUCCAUGGACAUUGACACCUUCACCAACUUGAACCCCAGCGUGCUGCAGAGUCUCAGCGUCAGCAACGUGACCACGCUGCUGGGGCAGAACGUGGGGGACCUGCAGAAGGCCCGCAGCCACCCGGCCAUCCGUUCCUGGCUUGGCAGCCUCAACAGUUCGGCACUGUACAAGCUGGACCUGGCCCUGGGCACCAGCAGCCUCAAGGGCUCCACAGGCACAGCCUAUGGGCUCCCUGACACCACCUCCCCGACGCACCAUUCCUCAGGCCUGCUGGGGAGCCACAUCGCGGCCCCCACCUCGGAACAGCACAGCUUCCACAGUCUGCCCAGAGGAACGCCUGCAUCGGGGUGUGGUGCCCCCUCCCUGAAUAAAGUCAAGAUUUUCUAA